AAAUUGGAAAACAUCGAGUAAUAUAUUAAUGAAAAUAAAAAUGGAGAGUAAGGCACAAAUAUAGAAAAAUGAUGUGUAUUAUGCAAACAAUAGUUGGAAAAGCUCAGUUUUAAAAACUGGAAGAGACUCAAUUUGUCUGAGUGUAUUCGGCAGAUCGUUCCACAUUUGAGCCCCAGAAACAGCAAAGCUCGAGCGCAGGCUUUCCAUCUUGGCCAAGGGAACCCUCAGAGUAAGGUUAUUAUUUUGCCUUGUGCAGCUGUAAGUACAUUUUGAGAAUAGAUCUGUGCCACAGUGUGCUCACUUUACUGCCACUGCAACAGAAGGACUGGAUGCAGGUCAGAAAAAUGAUUGUAACAACACCCAAACUAUACUAUUCACAAUAUUUGAUAAGAAUUUAUUUACAAAAUUUCUCAAUUCUAUAAUACAUAUAUAUAUUCUGGCCACAAAAGUACAUGCAUUUAUACAAUAGAAUGGUUUUUUAAAACAAAUGCUAUCGGCAAAACUUAACCAUUUCAUAUCAGUAGAAGCAGUUCGGUAUGGACAACCAGGAAUUAAUCUGGCGGCUCUUUUCUACAUUCUGUUGAGCAACUAAUUACAGUGUGCAUGGUAACGGCCUCCCAAACAGUACUGCAAUCAUCCAAACUCAGUAAUACAUAAGUUUGAACUAAAGUAUGGAGACUGCUUUUAGGGAUGUUGUGGCGAAUUCUACUUAACAUGGCUAGUUUGGAGGAAACUUUAUUUUUAAUGUAAUCAACAUGGAGAGAUGGUGAGUGUUUCGUCGAUUAUAACACCUAAACACUUACAAGAGGUGACUUGUUCAACUAUAUCGCUAUUAAUAACAAUGUUAAAGUCAGUAGAGGUGAUCUUUUGUUUCGAGCCGAUAAUCAUAGACUUGGUUUUGGCAGCAUUAAUUAUCAACAUAUUUUGGACGGCCCAAUCAUAGAUAUUAGCCAUGGCUGUGUUGAGGCUACGCUCAAUUUCGUCUCGGGUGGAGAAGCUACAUGUUAUUGUUGAGUCGUCCGCGUACAUGUACAGCCGGCAUAUGCAUCGAGAUAUAUCACUGGUAUACGUUAUAAAUAACAGGGGUCCCAAAAUGGAUCGCUGUGGAACGCCGCGCCGGUUCUUAGAGGGACAGCCUCGGAGCAACAUUUCCUUAUGCAGACAGACUGUUUGCGGUUGGCUAGAUAGGACCUAAACCAAGUGAUAGCCGAAGCUGACAAAGACAUCGAAUGUAGCUUCUCCAUUAAAAUACUGUGAUCUACUGCAUCAGAGGCCUUACUCAAAUCAAUUAAUACAGCACCAGUAAUUUUACCGAGCUCUAUGGCGUGAAGACAGUUAUUCAUCAGUCCAUGCAGUGGUCUCUGUUGAAUGCAAGGGUCUGAAGCCUGAUUGACAAGGGGGAAUCAUCCUUUUUUCAUCAAGGACGGUGGACAAAAGUAAGGAGCCCACUCGACAACUCUGAACGGUUGGCCAUUUCUUUCAACCCGACAUGUCCGGUCAUCAUUCAGCGGCAAACCUGCUGGCUCUCUCAGAGAGUGGUGACUACUAUAAUGUGGCUCUCGAUCUUUACGAUCGCGGGAGUAGGAGGAUUCAGAGGAUAAGUGAGUGGGUGGAUGACAAUCUGGCUGGGUUGGCCGACUCGAUCACUUGUACCUUGGGAGAAGAGGAAGACUUUAUGGUGCUUAGUGUUGGACCAGGUGAUGGUUUCAUAGACAGCAAGAUUGCACAGCAUCUCAGGGGCCUUGUUCACGCCAAGAUUCGCGUCGUCGUUCUUGAGCCGGAUUCUCACAUGAUGCAACGGUACCAAGACCUGGUCAAGAAGGAGUCUGCCAAGCUACAAGGUGUCAAUUUCGACUGGAGGCAGCAAACAUUCCAGGAGUAUCAAGCCACCGCGGAGGAAGAUGAAAAGUUUCAUUUCAUCAGUUGCAUCAGCUCCAUUUAUUAUUGCGGAGACUUGGACAAGUCUCUCGAGUACCUGUACGGGAAACUGCACGUCGGAGGCCUCUUAACAAUUGUGCUGAUGGCAGGUGAAGGAGGAUUUGGGAGAUUGUGGGAGUACCUUAACAAAACACUGGGCAGAAAAAUGGACUUUUUCACGUCCACUGAUGUCGAGCAAGCUUGCAGAAGACAAAAUAUACCCAUCGCAGACACGCAGACGAUCAGGAUCACUUCCAAUAUCUCAGCCUGCUUUGACCUACCUCAACAACUCUCCAAAGGCGGCGACAUCCUUCUGGAUUUCCUGACUCACACGGUCAACUUCGCUCAGAACACCCCCACGGAAUACCGGGACGAGGUGCUGGGGUACUUGAGGAGCGAUGCCUGCUCAGGAACUGGCCCGACGGGGGAGGUGAUCUUCAAUGGUUUUGAUUCCGCUGUUAUCAUACAAAAACAAUGAUAACCGACAGUAAUUGAAAGAUGACAGUCUAUACAUGGAAAAUCUGUUUGUUUCACAGGGAUCUAGGUCGCGAUCAGUGAUCCCAAAGCUGGUUCGCGCUAUACUUUAGGCGGGCUCUAGUUUCCUUGAACCAGUGCAAGAUCAAUGAUGUGAUCCGGAUCCGCGUGAAACAAACAGGUCAGGUUCUUUUUAAACUAAAUCCAAUCUUUGCAGAAUCGCUAAGUUUUUUAUGCGACACAAUGAAAUGAGUGAAUCUUGUAUGUUUUCGAGAAUAUAACGUACAUGUAUAAAUUAAGGUGAAGGAAAACGAAUGCAGAGUCUUCAUAUAAAAUCAUCUGUACCCGUAUUAGGACACAGUACCUUGAAGUCACAGGCAGCCAUCUUACCGUGCCCAAUACAAAUACAAUGUAAGGCAAUGCUGAUGGAAUCAAUACUUGGUAAGGCAAUGCUGGUGGAAUCAAUACUUACAACAGCACACAAUCCAAAACUCACCUUUGUGUUCGACGCGGUAAAAUGGGCGCCGGUGGCUUCAAUCGGUAAAAAAGCACUGCGAGGCUAGAAUUUUUUUAUGAUGCCGGUUGUUACAAUUAUGAAUUAUUACUCUUUGGUAUUUCAAAACAAUUGAGGGCGCUUUUAAACUAAGCUACACCAAUGGCUUACAUUUUCUAGCCGAGGCUACGCUGGCACACCUCAGUUUGGAAUACACGCAGCUUUGCUGAAGGACUGCAGGACUGCAGCAUUUUGAAGUUACCCGCAAUAAUGUAUCAAACCUUUUAUUUAACGCUGUCAGUGCUUUUUAUGCAAAACCAAAUGGACCAGUACUCGUUGAAAACAAUGACUCGACGUCACAACUAGAAGUGAAGUGACGUGCAAGUACUAAUUUAAGCCCCAUUGAAAACCGUGCACAUGUGUAAAAUCAACAAAGUUCAGGGCACACUAACAUACAAGCCAACAUCACUAGGGUUUCUCAAGCAAAAAUGGAAUUAUCGUCUUCUGCUUAUAAAUCCUUCCAUUUCUUUUCAGUUCUUGGUAGGCAGGCCAAUUACAUUUUUAGAUUGUUCACACAACAAUCUCCUCGCAAAGUGAUAGCUCUCAAGCCUGCAAAAAGCCAUUUUGUCAGAUGGCAUCCCUCUACCUUCUCGGAUACGUAAGACCAUAUUUUCAGCCAACAUUAUAUCAAUUCUAGUGGCUAAGAAGCCUCUUUUUUAAAGGGAAUUGUGGGAGCACUUUCAUGCGACUGAGCUCAGCAAAAAUUAUUAUUUGAAUUACUGUGCUGCAUGAACCCAUAAUGCCUCCAAAAUGCGCCCUAGCGCAGGGCGGUGUGUAGAGACGUCUUAGUUGCAAGACUUCCCUGUAGUUUAUUCCUCGAUCCGAGACGAUUCAUAAGUAUCACAGUCGUAAACUAUGCUGUCUCCAGACGAACUGAUCGAAGUCAGAAAAGGGGCCCAAUAAAUACAGCACCCCCUUUGUCGACGUGUAAUCAAUCAGCAGAUAACCUCGCUCCCUUGGUUCUAACUAUGUGUAUAAUAAGUUUUCUUAUGUCGGUGAUCAAUACUCCUACCCAACUUGACAGUGUGUAGCAGGGAAUCUUUGCCUUGCUCGUCCCAGAACAGAAUUUGCUAAGAGAACCUUCCAAUACCGGGAGUCCAAUCUUGGAACAGCCUGCCUUGCCUCGCUCGUCUCAGAACAGAAUUUGGUAAGAGAACCUUCCAAUACCGGGAGUCCAAUCUUGAAACAACCUGCCUUUGCCAUUAAAAGAGCCUCUUUCAACAAGUUUAAACAUUUUUAAAUGUUUAUAAAAUUUUAAUGUAAUGUCUCCUCUAAAGAUAAGUUGUAAUUAUUUUCGAUUAAUUUCGUAAAUCUCUAUACUCAUUUGUAUUUUUUUCCUUAUGCCUGUGCACACUUUUCAUUAUUGUUAACUGGGACCUAUAGGAGAACAGUUUUUAUAAACUGAAUGGGUUCCCCAAUAUAAAUAGAGAUAAAUACCCGAACUUCAAAAAUCAGGAAAAGAUACUCACGAGUUUCUCAGACGUUCGAGACCCACAUUCAAGUUAAAUCAAUGCCCAGCUCAUGAUUUUUCGUCUCCUUUUCAAGUUUCCAACUAUGAGCCGAUGACUUUUGAAGAUACUAAUUUCCAUGGAAGCUCACCCCUAAGAUGCAGUGGUAAAGCCCCUCGUCAUUUUGAAAUAUCGAUGCCUACAUUUCUCGAGAAAUUGACCUUUAACUUUUCAGGCACCGAUUUCUUCCAAAUCUCAUUCAGACGCAAGCUGGUAUUCUCUUUGCCCGCUUAAACUUGUCUUUUCUACAGAUCUUCGAGUUCGUGGGCCUCAAAAUGCUUUAUUUCGUAGAGAAAUCGAGUGCAUAAAAAUUGUGAUUUGGCCCGCGCAAACAGUUUCAAGUUUUGGCCUAUUUACUGGUCUGCAUCCUACAGUUAUACAACGUGAAAGCUGACCGCUAUUUUUAAUGGCACGCUUCCGGAACCCUUAGCCAGGAAGAAUAACGUGCAAACGUUUUAGAAUUUGCAAUUUUUUCGUUCGUUUAUUUCUAAAAAAAAAAUCGCCUCAAAAAAGGCCUAUAUGUUAAAUGUUAAUUAGCAUACUUCAUAAAGUUGACAUUUACCUGACCUGAGGGAGAAAUAGUUAAGAUGCCAUGUAAUUACUGACCCCUCACUUCCAAAAAUUUAACAGUUAUAGGGAAAUAAACGUAAUAUAAUAAUACUGGUGUACAAAGUU